UGGGAGGGAAGGGGAGGGCGGUUGCGUUGGGAAUGAGAGAGAACAGAAGAGAGGAGGGAAAGGAGGACGGAAUAUGGGAGAUGAGCGACGAGGUGAGAGAGCAGAAUGAGAAGAUGGAUCAAGAGCGUGUUAGAGCCGUUCGUACCUUUGAGGAUGGUGGGGAAGUGCUGGCUGUGCAUGUGUGGGUGGCGGACAACCCUUCGCUUUGCCCCUCAUUGGGCCAAGGGGUAGCAACUCGGAGGAUCUGUGCCUGUGCUCGCAUAGCAGUGUGUAUGGGGAAGCAGGGAGAGGAGGAGCGGCAGGUGGUUGUGUAUGAGAUGACGUGCAUUGGGAUGGACGGUGGAGUGGCAGAGGGAGAGAGGAAGGGAGAGGGGGAGGGAGAGAGGAAGGGAGUGUGGAAGGGAGAGGGGAAGGGAGAGGGGAAGGGAGUGAGGAAGGGAGUGUGGAAGGGAGAGAGGAAGGGAGUGUGGAAGGGAGAGAGGGAAGGUGUAAAAAUGAUGAAGGGGAAGGAAGGUGCUGAGAGCUUGAAGCAGAGCAAAGGGGACCAAAGAGGAGGAGGAAAGACAGGCAAUGAGAAGCAAGAGACGGCUGGGCGUGUUCCCAGCGUAGGGGAAGGGGAAGGGGUAGGGGUAGGGGCAGGAGGGGUGGACUCACCCCACGAGGCAGCAAGGGGUGCUGUUCCGUGGUUCAGGCUUGUGGGAAGCUUCGGUGUGAAGCUCAAGCAUUCUGAGGACGGCAAUGAGGCUUUCCCCGACCCCGAGCGCCAAGCCAUGGCGUUCUCCCCCUGUGGCACCACGCUCUGCCUCGCCAGCUGCUUCACUCUCUGCCAACCCAAGGCAGCACCUUCUAAUGAGCCAGCUGGGAGCAGUAAUGGUGGGGCGGCUCUUGAGGCGCCUUUCAAUGGCACGGGUGCUGGAGUGGUGUUAGUGCAGCUGGUGGAGUCGAAGUGGGGGGAGCCACUAGCUCAAGUCCAAGCCACCUUUCUCAACCCCCCCCCCACGUCGAAUUCGGCCGAGGCCCCCCCGUCUUGCUCCGGUCACGCUCCUGUGCCCAACUGCCAUACGCCAUUCCGUUUCCUCUCAAGCCUUCCGGCAGCUAAGCCAUCUGCUCCAACGAUGUGGAGUGUGGCAGCGGUGGGAAUGGGUGCAGAGGAGUGGACGGGAACGGAGGAAAGGCCGAGAUGGGAGGGGGAGGGGUCGGGGGAGGAGGUGGGGGAGGAGAGGAGUAGAGUGGGGGAGGAGGGAAGAGGAGGGAAGAUGAGGGAAGCUGGAGGACGCAGGUUGAAGAAGGGAGGAGGGUGGAUCGUGGCUGCGGCAGGGGAUGGAGGGUCUGCUUGCUGCUGGGGGAUGGAUAAAGGCGCGAGGUCGCCCCUGUCCAGUUACCACCUCCCCCCAGCCUGCUACAAGGGUCACCCCUUCCACCGAGUCAUAUCCCUUGCUGCUGUUCACAAUCGGCCUGGAUGGGUGCUGGGCUGCUCGCAUGGGGGCUCUGUUUGUCUCUGGGACACCAAUCGCCGCGUGUUGUUGCAAGCAUGGCACAGCCUGCAACACUCCUUACGCAGCCUGCACGUCUGCUCUCUUCCCUCUGCUGCUGCGGCUGCCGAUGGUUCUGCUGGUGCUGGUGCUGCUGCUGGUGCUGGUGCUGGUGCUGCUGCUGGUGCUGCUGCUGCUGCUGCUGCUGCUCGUGUGAAAAACGCGCAAGGGCUGGGGAAGCAAGCAGAGAAGGGGGGCAAGGAGGGUAUUGAUGGGGUAGAGCUGUUGCUGGUGCUGGAAACGGGGGACAGGGCGGAAAAUCAGCAAGCGUGGGAGGGAGAGGACAGGGCGAUCGAGAAGGAGAAUGUGAUAGUGGUUUCAGCGGCAACCGUGUGCGCUGGCCACUGUUCCCAGGGGGUGAUGGUACAGGCUCCACAACUGCACUCUGGGGAAUACAGGCUGGCUUUUCUCAGUGGACACGAGAUGGUGGUGGGAAGGAGUGUAAAGGACAGGUGAGAGAGGAUGUCGUGCAGCAGCUACUGUCACACAACGGGGCAAGGACUC